AUGCUUUCGUCAUCUGAGUGCAUUACCUGGUUUGCUGUGGUCCUGGUCGUUUCUGUUGCUAUAGUAACAGUGAACCUACUAUCAAUCAUCCUUUUCAUAAUAAACAGUGAUCUUAGAACUCGUGGCAUGUACUUGGUUAUAAACCUAACCGUAGCUGACACUUUAGUCGGAGCAAUUUCCAGUCUUCAAUUUCUAAGUUUUUCAAGCACCGAAUACAAAAAUGCAAAUAGCCUGAAUGUAACGUUUAAUUGGGAAAGGUACAUGAUAACUUGGUUUCUUUUCUAUUGGUUUCCUCUUACUUCUCUUACAAAUAUUACUGUAAUUUCGUUAGAUCGGAUGCAUGCGACAUUUCGUCCAUUCAGGCAUCGAGUUAUCAAAAAAUGGGUCUACGGGGUAGCAAUUUCUGUCGUCUGGGUUUUAGCUGGAAGAUAUCAACUGCAAUUAUGAUGCUUUUAUCAGUAUUCGACAAAGAAUGGUCACACCGGUCCGUGUAGUUUUCGUUCAUUUCAAAAAUUUACAAUCAAAAAUUUACAAUCUCAAUUUUCAAUGUUUGUUGCUAAGAAAGGUAAAAUUGAACAUCAUACUUCAAUAUUUUGAAAAUCAAAAACUAAAAAUUGAAAAUGGCCAGUAAGUGGUUUAAACUUUUUGUUUUCAAUUUCCUCCUCCCGAGAUUCAAGCUGUCAAAAAUUCAAACUUAACAGAGCAAUUCAUGUGUAGCAAAUUCUGCAAGAAACGGUAUUACUGCUGGUGAAAUCCAAAAUAAAAAUCGUUUUUUGAUUUGCGUAUUUCUGAAAAACAAAAUUGCCAACCGACCAAAAAUACCUGUUAUGGAAGGGGAGGGUAAAACCGGAAGUGGUGCGACUGUAAAGAAGAUGGCGGUGGUCUUGAAGUGAACGAGUGUUCCGUGUCUUCGUCGAGCUGUCUUUAGAGGAAAUGUUAAGCCAAGGCCUUCCUGUAGCAUGGCCGAGACGCUUUCAACGAAAUGAGCUGAAUGUUUUUUCACUGGUAGUACGCUUUUGUUGUAACCUUGCAGCAUUGCACUACGCAGGGUAAAGCGUUUUAGAAGAGGGACUGCGGACUGCGAACUGCGGACCACGGACUGCAGACUGGGUGUAUAUAAAACACGGACCAGCUGCAGGUAUAUAAUGCGAACUACGUGCCAUGUUUUGGUCUAAUAAUAUUGUCACUCUACCGUAACCGCGUGUAUAACUCCUUUAAUGUUGUUGUUAAAGUAAAGAAAUGUUGGCUCUAACAAGAAAACCUUUUAGAGAUCUUUCCCUUGCGAUAAGCAACAUUGGCGGCGUUAGGAUAUAUUUGCGCGAGUGUUUUUUGCCUGUAAUAAGGUGCUAGUGUUUUAUUAGAAUCUUUUUGAGAAUCGGAGUUGCGAGAUUGAAAGUCGCUACAAACGGCAAAAUCUUUUUUGAUGUUUUGGGUUUGUCUUGUAAAGCCACAGUGCGCGAUUCGAAGCGGACUUCGGUUAGGAUUGUUUCCACGAGGUCCCGGAGGUAGCUUCGUUCUGUAAGGCGAGUUAAAAAUUCCUUCUUCUUUAACUCCAAUUAUUCCUUAACCGAGUUUGUUCUAAAUAAGCGUAAGGCUUCUGUUACCGCCAAAUAUUUUCUGGUUUUUCGUAUCUCCCAGGUAUUUCCUUUCAAACCCUUUGUAGUUUCGUUAGCAUUAUUAUCUUAUAGUAUUUGUGGUUUUUGCCGCGGAUAUACCUGCGUACGUAUGAUUUACAAACAAAGAAAUCUAUCAUCCUUUGCAUUAGUUAGCAUUGUCGAACGUGCUCAACAAACUUUUUCAGUUCUAGUCGACGUGUCAUCGUGUUAAGAUCAAAGUAAGGCUCAACGUCAACGCUGUGAAAUCCCUAAAGUAAGUAAGUAAGGAAGUAAGUCUUUUCACUUUGUGCAUGGUAUGUUACGUUUUAUAAAGCCUUUUUGCAUCGUAUUAAUGAAAUCCAGAAAGUUUAUUUUCGUAGUUUUAAGGUAGUUUCUAAUUAAUCUAACUAUAGUUUGGUACAAGGUAUUUUUCCACUGAAAAUUUCAGUUUCUCAAUUUCGUGGUGGAUUCCGUCUUAAUUUUUUUCUUUUUUUUUUUUGCUUGAGCAUUCAGUUGCAGGAGUUAAAUUUUUCGCAUCAAUGUAAAAAUGCCAUAGAAUUUCAAAACAUUAGCCUAACAUUUCUUUUCAACAUUGUUAACGUCUCAUCGCUUCGCUUCAAUAAACUUUGUUUACAUCCUUAUCGUCGUGAGCAUCAUUAUUGUAGCGAAACUUCUUAAAGCGCGUCAAGAAUUUUCUGUCUUAACGUGGGAUCAUCGCGCUCACAGCUUCUCCAUAUGCAAAGCUCUUCUUAAGGCUGAGAGGGUAAAAUGAGGAGAAAUGCGUAUUUUGAAAUGUUUCUGUCGGCUUAAGAGGUCUCAAAAUGUGUUUGAAUGAAUCUUGGUUCUUUAAAAACUUCAGUGUCAAGGAAAACAAUCUGUUUUGAUGACAGCUCGAGUGUAAAAUUUAUUGUUGUGCGGAAAGAGUUCGUGAAAUCAUUAAAGUUGUUGAUUUCGGUUUCAGGAAGAGUCCACACUGGGAAUAUGCCUAAAUCUCUUACAGAGAAAUGGUUUGCAAGGGCUCGCAUGUAGUAGUUGUUUAUCAAAGUGAGCCAUGAAAAUGACCUAGAAAGCAUAUAAACCGCCAUUUUGGUGCUCAUUGCAAGUGCCGUGUGUGACUGCACGUAGUGUUUGCCGUUGAAUUUGAAUUAGUUUUCUCUUAAGAUAAGUGGCAUUAAGUCCUCCAAAUAUAUAUGAAGUAGGGAUAGGUAAAUUUGACUGAUAAUGCUCUUCGUAAUGGCGACAAACGAUUUCGAUUUCCGGAAAUGUUAGUGCAGAGAGAACACAUGUCCAACGUAGCUCAAAUUGCUUCACCUGGAAGUGGCAUGUUUUCAAUGAAAGUGUACAAAGUGUGUAGUGUCCUUGAUGUAAGACUCUUGUUUUUGCGCGAUUGGUCUUUUAAAAGCGAGUGCGAGUGCGAUCUGUGGCGGCCACCGCUACCAGAGACGAUUGGUCUGCCAACAGGAAGAGUAUUAUGUAUUUUGGUCAUCGUGAAAAACUAUGGUAUUCUCGGUGAUUUUGGCCUUAACUGAGCCACUUGAUAGACUUGCCCACAAGUCGAGCUCAAUUUUUUUUCCCGAGCGCGAAGCGCGAGCGGUAGAUUUUUUAAGUUUUCUGCGGCAAGCGAGCGAGAGAGCGAGAACAGGAAAUGAGAAGCGAAGGACUUUGAGAAAGUCUAACUAAAAUAGCACGUAGUUCGCAUUUUAUACCUGGUCCGUGUUUUUUAUAUUCCGUGGUCGGCAGCCCGCAGUUUAUACUGCCGAUCCGAAACGCUCUACCCUGCGUAGAGUAAUGCUGCAAGGUUACAACAAAAGCAUACUUACCAGUGAAAAAAACUUCAGCUCAUUUCCUUGAAAACGUCUCGGCCAUGAUACAGGCAGGCCUUAGAUUGCUGUUGGCGUAACAUUUCCUCUAGAGACAGCUCCACGAAGACACGGAACACUCCCAACCUCGUCCCCAGGGUCUUCUGGAAAGCGGGAAGACCCUGGGGACGAGGUUGGGAACACUCCUUAACUUCAAGACAACCGCCAUCUUCUUUGCAGUCGCGCCACUUUCGGUUUUACCCUUCCCUUCCAUAACAGGUAUUUUUGGUCCGUUGGCAAUUUUGUUUUUCAUAAAUACGAAAAUCAAAAAACGAUUUCUAUUUUGGAUUUCACCCGGCAGUAACACCGUUACACAUGAAUUGCUUUGUUAAGUUUGAAUUUUUAAUAGCUUGAAUCUUGGGAAGAGGACAUUGAAAACAAAAAGUUAAAACCACUUACUGGCCAUUCUCAAUUUUUAGUUUUUGAUUUUCAAAAUAUUGAAGAAUGAUGUUUAAUUUUACCUUUCUUAGCAACAAACAUUGAAAAUCACGAUUGUGAAGUUUUGAUUUUCAAUUUUCAAUAUUGAAUGAAAAUCAAAUGGACGAAAACCACACAGACUCACACUAUCAAUUAUAUUCCUUAUUAUGUCUUUUUGUUAUCUGUGUUUGUUACGCCUCGAUUAUUGUCAAAAUUUGUUGUGGGGCGCGUCCUCAGCACCAUGGUGCAGCCCGUAGACAUAGGAAACUGACUGUCACACUACUCAUCAUGACUAUUGUAUCAUUACUCUUGUGGCUACCAUUUACUGUAGCUACCUUUGUUUAUCAUACAACUGAUAGCAUUCGAUCACUUUCUUACACAAAAAUAAAGCGAUUGAAUAUAUCUUUACUGCUUUUAUUUUAUACAAACUCGUUUGUUAAUCCCGUGGUUUACACAAUAGGAAUGCCCGAGUUCAGGAAAGCUCUCCUGUUAUUAUUUACACGUCGACAAAGGCAAAAUGCUGCUGCUGCUAUUCUUCUUCAUGCUCGUUAAGGUACUUUGGGUAAAACUUUCGAUUGCAAGUGAUCGCAGGUUCAGUUUUAGAUGAUGAUGAUUUUCUCAAUUUGGGUCGAUGAAAAUACGAUAGUAUAGAUACAUAAGAUGCUAUGAUUUGAGUUCCCCAUAAUACACUUGCUAUUUGCCCCCUUUCUGCAUAAACUAUUGGGAGGACUGAAUAUUUUCUUAAGAGCUUUUGAAAGCAAGAACUUUUGCAAAAUGUGAGAACAAACAGAGUGUAUUAUGAGGGAUUCGAAAAUAGUAAAUAUACAUAUCAGUUUUCCUGUAUAACUUGUCAAGCUCGUUAAUGGUCUAUAGCUGGAAAUUGAAAUGGUUUGAAAUGUGCUUCAGAACUUUAAAGUAGAUCAUGCACAGGUACCAUGGCAAUUUGUAAUAAGCCGUGUCGCACUUUGUAAUACCUGUCGCAAUUUGUAAUAAGCCGUGUCGAACUUUGCAUUAAAAUGCUGUCGCAUACAAUUUGUAAUAAACUAACCUGUCGAGUUUUCAGUUACUAUUUUCAUCAUUCUUAAACCUGGUUUACUUGAACAUGGUUUGUUUUUGUGAAUGGGACAUAACAGGUGUUUUAAACCAUUCAUUGGAGUAGUUAUUAUCAAUCCAAAGCAUGAUGAGAUGAAAAAAUAUAAUUGUCAUGAAACUGUUGUUAAAAUAGUCAGUUGAAUUCAUUAGAUGUGAUAAUAAGGUCUCAUGUGUUAGAGUGAUUUCACUAAACCAGUCAAACAGUAUGUUACAAUAAGCGCCAAAUAGUUACAAGUCAAAAAAAGAAAACAGCGAAACUAGAGAGUAAUAGUUCGUAUUACUGCGUCUACUAUCUAUUUUUUAGUAGCCUUGUAUGAAGCAGAUAACAUGAUCAAAACUGAUACAAGAAAGAGCAAACAAAGAAUACUUUAUUUUGCUUCGGCUCGUCACCGCUUUUCGCAACUUAACUCAAUAACACUUUAAUAUUUGUUGUGUUUUCCAGGAUCGAUUAAGUCUAUCAAUCCUGGAAUCAGAACAGACCGAUUAUCAUAAAUUUCAUUUUUUUUCCCGCGAGGUCUGUCACCCAAACACUAAACCUGUGAGAGCAGAGGCUACAAGCAGUUUAUUAAUAAUUAAUUUCCGUACGCCAGGUCAUAUGGGAAAAAGGGAGCCUCUGUUCACAAGCCAAAGAAAAAUGGCUUCGCUCACCCUUUAAACCCUAAGAUCAAAAUUUGAAUUCUCAUUUGUUAUCGCUAUUCAUUUCCUACAGCAGCAGUGGGGAGAAGUUGAUAAAAUAUCAAUCAAGUUCACCGUGUGUGAUCAUGUCCGUAAUUCUCAUGACCACUAUGUUUUACAAAGCAUUGAUAUCACAAGGAGAAAUUUGAUGCUGAUCUCUCUUAGGGCUUAAAGGGUUAAAGCCCGUUACACAGAGUCUUUGUUUUGGCCCCUUUGUGUGACUUAUGUUAAAACAAAUUUAAAGCCACUAUUUUAUUGAAAGCAAUUUUUCAAGGUUGCAUAACGAAGUGCAUAAAACUUUAACUGGCUCAGCUCUUCGUCUCGAUACGUCAUUCCCACGCAUGAAAUACCUAUGAACUCGCUGGUAGUUUACAGGCGCAAAUAUACCCUCUAAGAAUUAAUUUUUGUUAUUUAGUUCGAAAAGUGGGGGGUGGCCUGGGGGCAAGACAAGCCACCCCCAGCGCAAAUACUAAUCAUAACUUACUCAUUAAGUUAAACGAUAAAUCAGGAUAACCCCUGUAAGGGUAUGGCAACGAUUGACGAAUUCAAACGACUGGAUUAAUUUUUGACUGAGUGAUACGUUAUAUCUUUUACACGUUUUGUGGCUGGCCUGUUGUGGCUCAUCACGGUCUUUUAAAAGUCACUUAACAAUUUAGUCAGUUCGCUAAAACCGUUAGAAAAGUAGGAAACAUUCCGCUUGCAAACAUCACGCUCUUUUCUUCUGUCAGCGGGUUAUGGGAGGGAGAACUGUUCCUUGUCUGCUCACUGUUGCCCUCUCUUCCGUCUUGAUUCUAAUUAUUUCAAGGCAGCUGCCGUGCGUCUGUAGGGUGGCGCCUAGAGGAAGCAGUGCAGCUUGCAUGGUAACAGCCAUACUGGAAGUCAGCGUAGGAAAAGCUUGCGCUUGGCUCGUAAGGUUAUCUUGGAGAGAUGUCCUGCGAUUCCCAGCAGACAAAGAGCGGAGGGGUAGUAGAGUGAAGCGGCUCGGCUCCCUAAAGAGUGCUUGACUUCCUGUUUCAAUAUAUGAAGGUUUCCCAGUUGCCAGAACUUCGUUCGAUGCAGCCGCUUACAUUUGGCCAGGGACGUAUUAUUCUUGCCAGAUGUCUCUUCGCUGUUUCCACUGGAGAUUUAAGACAUGGUGUUAUAUUGAACUCCUCUUGCUGUGAGGUGUCUUGCUGAUUUUUGUGUUGACGUGGCAAAUGAAAGAAACUAUUAUCAUAUGCAUCUUUCACUUGUGCCUAGUGCAUGUCUGCUUGUCUCCUGAUCAAUCCCUCAUGGAGGGAAAUGUCUGAACCAGUCAGUUGAUAUCCUGUAAAAAGAUGGGAAAAGGUAUUUUGAGUUGCUGGCAAUAUUACUUCUGAAUUAGAAGAUUUUCUUUUUAAGUGUGUGAUUUGCAAGAAGAUGCUGGGGAAAAGCUUUUAGUACUCCACCCACUCCUCCGCUACCCACCUCUAGAGUCUCGGAUGACUUGGUUUUCACUAAAGUUGGUGGGGACUUUACUCGACCGCUUUAUGUUAAGAAUAUCUAUCAAUCUGGUGGGGAGACGUACAAGUGCUAUAUUGCCCUGUUUACGUGCACUAGCACUAGAGCUAACCACCUUGAACUUACUCCAGACCUGUCUGCGAAUUCAUUUAUACGAGUUUUGAAGAGAUUCAUCGGGAGAAGAGGGUUCCCAGGCCUAAUAAUUUCAGACAAUGGAACAACUUUCAAGGAUGCUGAGGUGAAGAAGUUUACCCUUGAAAGAAACAUCGAAUGGAAAUUCAAUGUGCCUACAGCAAGCUUGUGGGGUGUUUUUUUCGAAAUAUGCGUCAAGCUUGUAAAGAGGUGCCUCAAGAAAGUUCUAGGAGAUGCAAAACUCAGCUACGAGGAACUAGAAUCAGUCUUGAUCGAAACUGAAGGCGUUCUAAAUUCUAGUGCUCAUACCAGGUACACCUGCUUUUGAGCUUCAAGAAGCUCAUGCUCUGUAUGCAGAUUUAAUGGCUAAUGAUUUAAUCAGCGGAAGAAGUCAGCUCAGCCAGUACAAUUAGUAAGAUAAAAAAUCUGCUCUAACAGCAGAAGGAAUCGCCUCAAGACAAUCGCACUGCCAAACUCUGGUUGCAGUACAUGGACAUGGUUGACAUUCUGAGAAAAUCCAUCAAAGCAGAACGCACUGGACACUGGGUACAGCAUUUUGGAUCUCUUUCUGAAAUGCUUCCCUAUAUGGCAGCUGGUCACAGCCUUUACACCAAAUUUGCUCAGUUGUACCUGUAGCCCAUGGUCCGUCUAGAGAGUGAACAUCCUGUUGUGUACCAGAAACUAAUUGAUGGAUUCCUCGUGGUAGGAAGAAGUGACCGUAAAUGGGCGGGGCUGUCCACAGACCUUGUCAUUGAGCAAGAGUCACAGCCUGAUUACUUCGUUUGAAGGCAAAUUCCGUGACAAACGUUCCAGUCAUUGACGCUAAGAUGCCCUGUCCAAUAUCCUUAGCGUCAUCCAGAUUUGCAGUCUCAUUUGCAUGGACACCAUUCAUGAUGUUUCUUAGGCCUUUUUGACCAGUGAACGGAUUUUGCUCAGCUAAGGCACUUAGCAGCGUUUUGGUAUCUUUCAUGUCACGGUUUUUUCUGGACUCUGAAAUGUCCUUAGUUUCCUCGCCGGUGCUGUAAGAGACGCCUGUGAGAUCCAGCAUGGCACGAUUUAUCUCAGCACAGACUGGCAUUGAAAGGAGCCAUAUCAGCCGUUGUUGCUCUGUCAUGCCUCUUCCUCUCGUUAAGCCACCACUAGUCAUCAUGCUUCUCAUUAGCACCUGCUACAAAGUCAUCAGUUAAAUUUGAUGGAGAGAAGAUCCAAGUAGACCCGCAGCUUCUAUUCCAGCGUCUAAUUGUAGCUCUGAAAUCAUUGGAUGACAUGAAAGCAAUUUUCAAGUUUGAGCUGUGCAGCUAUCCACCUGCUCUCUUUGACUCUUCACUUAUGUUACUCCAAACACACAAGCCAGCUCUUGCUAAUGCUAUUUGGGCUAUGACUAUGGAAAGCUCAGAUGUCACAGCUCCUCAAGGAGAGCUCCAAUUUGUUCUGGAUGGCGUUGCACUCAUUCACCGAAUUCCUUGGCCGCGAGGGUGUACUCGAGGUGUAUGUGCGUUAUACUGCAAUUAUGUGGACCAGAAGCAUGGAAAAGCAAUCAUUGUCUUUGAUGGAUACACAAGAACAUCCACAAAGACAUGACACAGGAAAGACGUACAGGCGGGAAAGUAGUUGCAACUGUCACAUUUACUGACGACAUGAAACUUAUCGUAAAGAAGAAUCAUUUUCAGGCAAACAAAACAAUAAACAGUCCUUCAUUAAUAUGCUUAGUCUUCAUCUUCAGCAGGCCAAUUGCCAAGUCUACCACUUGACAGCUGAUGCUGAUUUGCUCAUAGUAAACAAAGCUGUGGAAAGUUCAAGAACCAUGGACAACGUUUUGGUAGGGCAUGACACUGACCUUCUUAUUCUACUCUGUUUUCAUGCACAGUUAGAUGUAUUCGACCUCUUUUUCCAACCGGAACCAAGAGCAAAUUCCACUAAGCGUCGAUCCUGGAAUGUAAAGUCAGUGAAGGAAAAGCUUGGUCAAGAGAUUUGUCGUCAUAUUCUUUUUAUCCAUGCUAUUAGUGGAUGUGACGGGACCUCUCGAAUGUAUGGAAUUGGCAAAGGUCUUCCACUAAAGAAGUUUGUCAGCGACACCCACUUUCGUGAACACGUCAAGGUGUUUGACAGUCUUCUAGCGUCAAAGGAAGAAAUUGUUAAGGCUGGUGAGCAAGUCAUUGUUUGUCUUUACAAUUGGAAGCCUGAAGAAGGACUUGAUGGAUUGCGAUUACGUCACUAUUGUGAAAAGGUGUCCACUGGUACUUCCCAGAUUCAACCACAAAGCCUACCCCCUACUUCUGCUGCUGCGUCAUACCACAGCAUGAGAGUCUACCACCAAUUUAUCCAGUGGAAGGGCAAAGAGAAACAAGUAACUGCUGAAGAAUGGGGAUGGAGAUUGAAUGAUGAUGGCCAACUGGUACCUAUCAUUACCCAACUUUAGCCAGCACGAGAAUCUUUGUGGCGUGAUGUGGGGUGCAACUGCUUGUCUGAUUGCAGUAGCAUGCGAUGCAUAUGUAAAAAACAUGAUCUUGAGUGUUCAGCUGCACGUGGACACUGUCGAGGCACUAGUUGCACUAAUGCUGCAGCACUCGAUUUCGACGAAGAUUUAGAUGAAGAUGAAGAUGAAAAUGAUUGCAGGUCCAAAGGUUUUUUUUUAAUGUUGCAAAUUUGCAUAUCAAAGUUCCGAUAAGAAAAAACUAAUUCAUCGCUCAAAAUAGCGUUUUUUCUAUCGCAAAUAGAAUUCAGCCUCGUUUUCAUGUAACUGAUUACGGCCAUUAUAAUUGAACUGAAUUUAAGUGUCUUCCCAUGCAUAGAUUUUCCUAGACUUUUAAUAUGCAUAUUAAAGAGUCUUUCUUAUUUCAAAACUGAAGAAAAACGUCUGUUGCAGUUAGUGACAGGUCCUAUCAGUACGUUGACUGGACUACAGCGCUAUUCAACGUUUGAACAAUCAGGGGCCUUUUUUGCAAUGUAAAUGAAGUGUGUUUCCAGUUCAGUUUUUAUCAGACUUCUAAGCGGUCACUUGCCAGUAAAAAAAUAAGACCUUACGAUAAGGUGCCAAGUACAUAGGAUGUCUUUUUUAAAUGGUGAUCCAAUGUCGACAAAUGUCAGCACCGAAAAAAGACAUGUCUGCUGUCAUAUGGUCAAACAUUUCUUUAGAAUCCGAUAAACAUAUUGCUGGUGUAGGUAGCACCUGUCUUUUUGGAUCUCAAUCCUGAACUCGUUCGGAGCAGUAUAUUGCGCUGAUCUUCCUAGUUCAAUAUCUUCGAUAAAUUUCCACCGACGGGUGUUUGUAAGGCGGUCUACCCAGAGUGGGAAGUGUGCUACUUUUAAGAAGGAAAUCUAUAACAUAUGCAAAUUAGCAAAAACCUUGAUAACUUAAUAUCCUGACUAAUUGAAAUGUUACCGCCCUAACUGAAAACUAAACAUCGACAAUCGUAAAGAACAACCCGUCGUAAACUUGUGCACGCACUAAUAAUGCACAAAAAGCAAAACAAAGAGCUUUAAAACCGAACAAAAGAGCCACUAUUAUUAACCAAAUGAAUUGAGCUGCCGGCUCUAAAUGAAAUAAGUUUAUUUGUAAUCAUGCAUCUGUUAAUUGCUGGGUACAAAAAAAUUGUUUUUGAAAUAGUAUAUUAAAACUAAAAAAAAAGCUGUAAACUGAUCCGUGGCUUGCUGCUGUUUCUUUAAACAGAUUAUAAACAACUUAGGAAGUCACAGGCCAUUUUUUGCCCGGCCAAAUAUGUUUCUCCUAACAUGAUGUUCUGUUCUAUGAUGCAUUUUCCCACAUACAUUAUUGGAAAGGAGCAGAUGUACAUUUUAGACUACUUCAGAAACUGUUGAUAAAAUAUUGUUAACUGACCUCCACAACGAAAACGCAGGUGCAAGCAAAGGAAGGCCGGAAUCGGGAAGAGAAACCCGUCAGGCGCCUACACCUCAGAAAUUAAGUUAAAGGGUUUCAAACGUCACAACACAUUAUUAAAAACAGUUUAUGCCUCAACGGUCUGCAUCAUUAACUUAAUUCCGCGCUACUUAUUCAGUGAUAAUUAAGAAAGGGAAACCAGUGGCUGGAAUUGUGCAAAAGUUUCUUUAAAAACAUUUUCAGCAAAUGGGGGUGUGGAUCGUGUACUGAAACGGUGCCUUUUUUCCGAAGGAACUUCUGAAUCAAAUACGUACGGGGGGACUUCCUUGACUUCAUGUGCCUGUCGCAAACUGAAGUUGGCUUCGUUUUCAGAUCAGUCAGCCAUAAUAGGACUUGUGAGUGAAGGUAAGAAACGACCCCAGUAAGCCAGGAAAUCGAUGAGAAACCAACAAAGUAUUAAGCGGCGGUAUAAUUUAGAAACCGUGAUGUGAACAACUACGAUAAAACUUAGAAAACCCUUAAAUAAUUUUCCAACGGGCAGCAGAGUUCUCGGAUCGUGAAGUUAUCUAGUUGCUGAACAGUUUUUAAACACUUGAAUUUUCUCCUUCUUUAAGAGAUGCUUACAUUAGCCAUCUAAAAGACAAUGGACUCUGGAGCUCCUACAUACACACUUACGACGUAAGCAUGAAAGCGAGGCCUAAGGGCCACAUCGCAGUAAAAUGUGGCAGAAGCGCAUCCUAAAACUUCGUCAAAAAAUAGUUGUCACAAUGCUACUCCGUUGCGCUUUGUAAUAAUUGUUCCGAUAAUAGGAAAGACUUGAUUCUUCAUAUAUCUAAUUCCGAAGGAUUCUUGCUGGAGGUUAGUUUUUCCACUGACGAAUUUCCAAAGCACGUUCAUUUCAGGGGCACCUAACAAUGGUUUCCUCCUAAAUACAUUGAUAACGGUUUUUUAGGCUAUCCAGAGUACUUUUAUGAGAAGCUUAUAAGAUGUCUAGAAUGUAUUCUAGGCCUUGCUUUCAUGCUUUCGUCGAUAGUCUGUAUUGUAUUUAGAUUUCCUUUUAUUACCACAAAACCUUUUGACUACUUGGUUGAUUGUUCCAGGUUUUCACUAGAGCUGUGUCUCAAGUAACAGAAAAGGAUAUUUAGUAAAAACCUAAAAAGGCGCACCUUAAGAGCCAAUGUCGAAAAAUAUCGAGAAUCUCAAAUCAGUUCUAAAAAUUCGAAUUUUGGCUAAUACCACCGAAACAACCCUUUACGUGAACUAUUUCAAGAAAUCAUUAAGAAAUCUCCAAGCGCUUUACGUUUUGAGAAAUUCGGAAAAGUUCGAAAAUUCGAUAAAAAUACAUUUUUUUAUUCUCGAAAUUGCUGCAAAAUUUCAACAAUUUUCAAGGAAGCAGCACAAGCGCGGAAAAGCUCCUAUUGACUUGAUGUUGCACAUGCAUUUACCAGUUACUCAAAGCUGUAAGACUGCAUAAAAAUGUCUCGAAAAAUAACUUUUGUAAUAUAUUUUUGGGCUUUCAUUGCUUGCACCUUGAUUAUGUGCUGUUUUGGCGGUCGAAAUAACGCCCAACUUUAACCGCAAACAGUCGAUUCUGGUAUGUGUCAAAUAUAAAAUAUGAUUAUACUACAUAAAAGAGCUGUAAUUCUUUUAACUAGAUCUGAAGUUUCAGCUCUGAGAAUCUAAACGCUUGCGAAAAAUAAAAUUUUAAAUAGAGCCCCCUGGGCCACCGUAAGCGACAAGAACGUGAAAUGUGAAGAAAGCGAAAACCGUGUACACGAAGGAGAAAAAUCACACCAAAGUUUUUUCUAGCCCACCGAAGCGUUAAGAAAUGAGGGAAAUUUCGGCAUCUGAAUAGGUAUUGCUAUCUGAAAAGCUAAAAAGGCGAAAUUGUCCGUCGGAAAAUAUAAAAAGAAAAAAAACCUGAAAAAGGAGCAACUGAGAAUCGCGUCGGGUGACCAUUUUUAUAUAGACCUUGUCAUGGUUUUCGACGCCAUCUUGACGAGUACAAGGCAAACGUGUGAGAAAUUAUAGCUAAAUUACAGUGUUUGUAUGAGAAUCUAAUGUCGAAUGAUUUCCGCAAAACGGCUGUUCUGAAAAAAAUAUGACUUGUAAACUAAAGCUACAAAACAAGGGAUUGUACUUAAAACUUUUUUUGGGGGGGUGGGGGGCGUACCUGUGCUUAAAUUUCUCCAGAGGCUUGCUUUAGAUUUUCCAUAUAUUUUUCUCUAAUUUUUCCCGGGACUUUCUUACAGACAAAUGUAUAGAAAAUUUUAAAAAGUGGUUCUAGGUCUUCUAGCGCAUCUAACGCCCCCAAUUUUUUUUUUUCAGAACCGCCAUUCUACGGAAAUUAUUCGACAUUAUAGAUUCUCAUACAAACACUGUAAUUUCUCACGGGUUUGCCUACUGGCCAUCUGCGUUUGCCUACUCGUCAAGAUGGCGUUGAAAAGCGUGGCAAGGUCUAUUCUGAACCCGGAAGUAAAAAUGCUUCCGACUGGUCAAGUCCAAAAGGCUUCAAGAGCUGUUUUCAAAAUGCGGCAAUAAACUAUAGACAAACUAGAUCAGAUGAUAGAUUUACUUUAGUAAAAAUGAACAUAACAAAAAGUCGGAAUCAUGAUUACAAAUGACACUUUUACAAAAUGAGUUUUAAACGCAAGUCUUGGAUUUUUACGAAGUUACCUUUCAGAGUUCAUUUUUUCUCGUGAUGCAAGGCUCUGCAGCUCACCUUCAUAACAUGACUUAAAAACUAGCAAAUAACUGAAAUUUCAACAUUCCGCUGAUUUGUAAAACGGUCGCGGCCUAAAGUUGGUUCCUAAAAGAGACGUGUAACCUGGUGUCAUGUUAGGUGUAUGGUAAUUUGAAUAAAUUACCCUGGAGCCCCUUCAGGCAAUCUUCCACAGGGUACACGUGACAAAUGCUAUCACCUUUUAGCUCUGAAGGCGUGUGGACAAAAUGUUGUGUGGUUUUUCGACUCUUGUUGAUAGCAAUUUUUGCAUUCGGUGUUAAUGGGGAAUAUUCUUGUCAAUCUGAAUUUAUUUAUCUGAUGAUCUUAGAGGACGUUUAAUGGUGAUCAUUUUCAUGACACUGCUACAACUGGUGACACUGAAUUCCUGCCGGACUUACUGCAUGAUUCAUGCAAAGGAGCGCCGACUUCUUAGCUCCAGUAACCGACGUUGAAUAUAAAUUUUUUGCCCAUAUUUUCUCUCAACAAAUUUAUCCUACUCUAACCUCAAGGGCUACUUUUGUCUUUUUUUGUCAAAGGUGAAAGCAAGACUUUUGAUUCAAUUUUUGGGACGAUAUCAAGGAAUAGCUUAAUUAGGAUUGAGGUGAGCGCCCUUUGAAUAUAUCUCCAUUGCCGGAUCUUUGAAGAUUUGAAGUCAUUCUUUAAAGUUCACCUGCUAACUUUUCUCUUUCAACCAAGCAAUCCUUGCUUACUCAGCGAAUUCUUUUCAUAGGUAGCCGAGCCUGAAAGAAGACGGGAAUUAAAAGGUGGGACACGAAAAGAAAAAUCCACGAUGUUUUCCUCAUCCGAGUGCAUUAUCUGGUAUGCUACAUUCCUUGCAGUGGCUUUUGCUAUAGUAACAGUGAAUCUCCUAUCAAUCAUUCUUUUUGUAAAAAACAGUAAUCUUCGCACUUGUGGCAUGUACUUGGUUAUAAACUUGACCGUAGUUGACAUUUUGGUCGGAGGACUUUCUUCUAUAAUGAUACUUUUAAAUACUAUUAGUACACACAUUGAAUGUAAAAUUGUGAUUGUAAGGUUACCCCGGGAAGGGAAUAUUUUAGUGCAGGUCGUUUCCCUUUGGUUUCCUCUUACUUCUCUUACAAACAUAACUGUAAUUUCGUUAGAGCGGAUGCAUGCGACGUUUCGUCCAUUCACUCAUCGCGUUAUCAAGAAAUGGGUCUACGGGGUAACAAUUUGUGUGGUCUGGGUUUUAGCUGGGAUGAUAUCAACUGCCAUUAUCUUGGUUGAUUUUUUCAGCAAAAGUCGGUCACAACAUCAGUAUUUCUGGCAAUCAUAUUGCUUAUUAUGCCUUUUUGUUAUCUGUGCUUGUUACGCCUCGAUUAUUGUCAAAAUUUGUUGUAGGGCGCGUCCUCAGCACCAUGGUGCAGCCCGUAGGCAAAGAAAACUGA